AUACUUCUUCUAUUUCCUAGAACUUCAAAGUUGUUCCAUUUCUUCUCUCUCCGUACAUUUCAUGAACUCUCUAAACACUUCUAUGAAAUAACUUAACCAACAGAAAAUUGCCCUAUAAAUACCUCUCUAGCUCUCUCCUUUCUCAAUCAGCACACAACACAUUCAAACAGAUUAAAGAAAAAUUCAAUACAACAUUAAGAAAAAAACCUUCAGUUUAAAUCAGAAAGAAAAAAUACAUAAUGUCGCUAAUCUCAAGCAUUUUUGGUCGCCAGAGCAACAUCCUGGACCCACUAUCCCUCGACCUGUGGGACCCAUUUCGCGAGUUGGCUCUCAGCUCCUCCGGCGAGACGUCACGCAUUGACUGGAAGGAGACGCCGGAGGCACACAUCUUCAAGGCGGAUGUUCCUGGGCUGAAGAAGGAGGAGGUUAAGGUGGAGGUGGAGGAAGGAAAUGUCCUCCAGAUUAGCGGCGAGCGCAGCCGUGAGGAGGAGAAAAACGACACGUGGCACCGCCUCGAGAGGAGCUCCGGCAAGUUCCUCCGCCGCUUCCGCCUGCCGGAGAACACAAAGCUGGAUCAGAUUAAAGCUAAUAUGGAGAAUGGAGUGCUUACUGUUACUGUUCCGAAGGCGGAAGUGAAGAAACCUGAGGUCAAAGCCAUUGACAUCUCUGGCUAAAAAACUUAGAACUUGUUAUUUCAAUAUAUAUAUAUUAUAAUAAUAAUAAGUGUGUGAUGGUCUCUAUAUAUAUGUUUUGCUUUCUACAAUGUUAGUAACGGAAUGAAAUAAAAUGUGAGUUUUUGUUGUUGAAGUACUA